AUGGCUACAAAAGCAAGACACGUAUACUUACAUAAACCUGUAAGAUAUCGUUUCAAACGGAACCGUGUCAUUGUAGGCGCAAUUGACGAGCAAUGGGAGGCGGAUCUUGUAAUUAUGGACUCGAUAAGCAAAUACAAUAACGGUUUUAAGUACAUUUUAACUGUAAUCGAUGUACUUAGCAAAUAUGCGUGGGCCGAACCGAUAAAAACAAAGACUGGAGAAAAUCUUGUUAAAGCCUUUGAGAAAAUACUUAAAAAGGAUCGAAAGCCUGAAACGUUUCACACCGACAAAGGUACAGAGUUUGUGAAUCGAAAGUUUCAAGCCUUUUUGAAGAAACAUAACAUCCGGUUUUUCACGACGCAAAACGAGACCAAGGCAACGAUUGUCGAAAGGUUUAAUCGUACGCUCAAGACGAAAAUGUGGAAAUACUUUACAGCAAAGAAUACGCUCAAGUACGUGGACAUUCUCCAGAAACUGGUAAAAUCUUAUAAUCAUUCGAGACAUCGUAGUAUUGGUAUGAGGCCUGUUGAUGUAAAUGAAGACAACGAGAGCAUUGUGUGGCAAAAACUUUAUGGAGAACAGACAGACAAGCCCGUUCGGUUCAAGUUUAACAUUGGAGAUCAAGUACGAAUCAGCAAAGCAAGGCGCGCAUUUAAGAAAGGAUACUUACCUAAUUGGACCGAAGAAGUGUUUACGAUAACCAAACGUGUCCUUUGA